AUGGGCCCCAUGGAAACGAUUAUGGGUGAGGAUGCGGCACAAGACGGUGCCGAGAACGAGCCGAACGGUGUGAACAAGGACGAUGUGAGUACGGCACUGGUGGCAUUACCGGUCGAGGUGCGGUUGGCGUGUGGUGGAGUUCCGGGUGUACGCGAGAAAGAGGCUCUUGCCACGGCCAAAGAGCAGAUUGAGUGUGAAAUGGCGGUGCGUGACGGGGAACGAGCAGCCCGCUACGUAGCGACCGUAAGGCCAGCCAUGGCAGCGGUUAAGUUUGUGCGUGUAGAUCGCGAGGAAGAGCAACGUGUGAGCAGUGUGCGUGCACAGCAUCUUUGUGGACGUGGUGACGAAAUACAGCCAGCUGGGGAAGGCGCCGGGACUACCCAGGAGAUUACUGAGACUGGUGAAGGCGCGAGCCCGACCACAGCAGACACGGUGGUAACCGACGUGCUGCUGGCAACUACAAAAGGAACAAGGGACAUUUCGAUGGACGUGACGAAGACGACAGAAAUGGGCAUGUCCGAAGAGUCGGGCGAGUUGGAGCAUGCGAAGGAGUUAGCGUCGAUGUCUGUGGCCAACGUGGUGACCACUAUGCGCGUAACCAUCGCGGGCUCGGAGACGUCGGUCGACAACAAGAAGGGCAGUGAGGUGGACGAACUCCGUGCAGCACAGCGGCAUGCUCGGACGCAGCAAAAGAAGCAGCGGGUGAAGGACGUGCAAGCUAGAAAGCGCAGUGUCGAGCGUCAGGAGGAAGCCGAGCGCGUACGAGUUGCCCGAGAGCGACAAGAAACACGGAAACGCAACGCCGCAGGUGCGUUGUCAGCAUUGGAAGAACGCCGCCAGCGACGGACGAGCGAGCCCCAAGGAGAAGGCGAGGACAAGCCGAUGCGUGUGAGUCUAGUCAAGCAUCAAAAUGGACGAGAUAUUCAACAGAAGGACGCAGGUAGUGAAGCUGUGGAGUACAUCGAGUCGGAAGACGGGCUCCCGACGGCGGUCAUGACUGUGGACGGUGUGCGACGUAGUGUGAAGCUGGAUAGUUGCGCGCGAUUCACGGUGGCUGGUACCGAGUGGAUGCAAUAUGGCGACCGCGUGACCACGGAGGCGCCAGUUGAUUACGUCGAAGGUAUUGGCGGCUUUCUAUUGGACGUCGUCGGAGUGUGGAGGUUUUGA